AUGAAUAUGUGUGUUGGCGAGCGUCGAAUUCUUGUCGUUCCUCCUCAUUUGGCGUACGGAGGCCGUCCUUCGCACCCAAAAGUACCAGGUACCGAAUUUCCUUUUUGGAUGCGAGCUCGAGAGACUGGUGAGGAUGAUGAGAUAAACUCAGCUGCUUCGUCUUUAACGAACAGCUAA